AUGGAUGUCAAGAGUCUUUCAUUCUGCUUGUUCUGCUUGAUUUCUCUCACCAGGGCGGGUCCCAUUUGUAAUUGUUCGUCUGACAGCAGGAGCCUCGUCUACGCGUGUACGUGUUCGGGGCCUGAGGUCAAAGAUCUUUCUAGUCUUUUCUCUUCUGGCCUUUGCGCCAAUGGCACUCCAUCCAAACUGGUGCUGAAGGACAUACCAAACCUCGUCCGACUUGAGGACGGCUUCGAGGCACCCGCCUCUAGUAGAUGUGUCGGCUGGAGCAGUCUAACUACUCUAGAAAUCCACCAGUCAGGGCUGCAAAACAUCACUUCCACAACCUUCCGCGGCCUUCAUGAUCUUGAGUUAUUGGACAUCUCAAAUAACUCACAAAUUGUGAGCUACCGCGAGGAGGUCUUCCGGCCAGUUGGCAGCACCCUUGUGGACUUAGUCGCAACAGACAACCGCGUACAUUCUUUGACCCGUCGGGUAUUCUCCGGCCUGAAACGCUUGCGCCGCCUUACACUUAGCAGGAACAAGAUCGGUUACAUUGCGCCUGAAGUAUUUUCCAAUGGAUGCUGCAGUGAACUCACUGAGCUCCGCUUGGAUUACAAUAUUCUCACAGACCUUGAGGACGAAACCUUCCGCGGACUUACCUCAUUGCGUCUGCUUGACCUGCGUGGUAACCCGCUACAGCGGCUAUCACCUCACCUAUUCAAGCCCUUCGUGGCCACGAUAACACACCUUUGGAUGAGCCAUGAUGACAACGCCAACUUUGGUGGAUUCAGCGAACUGCCCAGGGGUCUCUUUCUGCAAAUGGACUCCCUCAGAGUGCUUGAGAUUGUGGAGCUAAAACUGCGAAACCUGUCUUCCGACUCAUUUGAGGGCUUAUCAAGUCUAGAACAGCUGUCUCUACGGGGAAAUCGUCUGACUGAGAUCCCCCCUAACAUCUUCUCCUCCCUGCCUAGUCUUGAAAGACUAGACCUUUCUGCUAAUUUUCUCGUUUGCCUACCGGAUGCGUCUUCAGAGAAAUACCAAAGCCUCCGAUGGCUGGACAUUUCCUGGAACGGGCUCACUCACCUGACCCGUAACGGUUUUGUGGGUCUGGCGAGAUCUUCUCCCACUGCGGAAUACCCCAAAUUUGUGCUCAACAUCUCUUCUAACCCUAUCCAGCGAAUCGAACCGGACGCCUUCUGCGCCCUCGGCGGAGCCGUGGAGUUGAUUGUUAGUUCGCCAAAUGUCACUGUGCCAACUGGCCAAGACACCAAAGUUUGGAACACCAUGGAGAACUGGCCAGAAAGUCCAUUUGCUUUAGUGGGCAAUACGAGCAUUAUACGCGGUAUGCUUGAAGACCCGACAUCUGCCAGUGCGUCUGUCACGGUCGCCGCUGCCGACCCUCUCUAUGGACGAGAUGAUGCCUUCCUAGCAUGCUCACAGACAUCGCAAGGGGCCGCUCUUCUGAACCGGUUGUUGGAGUCGAAACUCUACAAGCAAGUAACAUACACUGCCAAGGAUGUCAGCACUUCACUGGCUUCCGGUUGUCCCUGGUUGGCUCUUUCGAAGCUCUCCGAGUGGCAGCUCUCCAAACUCGGUGUGCCUGGCCUCUCGGGAACGCCAAAUACCAUGUCUGAUGGUAAUCUGGGCAGCGGAUUGGAGCAGGGCUCCCGACUGUAUCUCUUGAUCAUCGUUGCCGUCUGCGUCACCUUCCUCCUCUCGGCCCUCACCAUAAUUAUGUGUUAUCGGGCCUGGUCGCGCCGGGCCACACAGAAGCACGCCAUGGAUGUGGAGGCAAAUGGGGCUGGGAUCAUAGCAAAUGGUCAUGAUGAGAACGUGUCCGAAAAGCACGAGCUAUUGGCGAGAGCAGAGACCAGGACCAACGGCAAUAAUGAGAGAGAGGCCCUUAGGGAAUUGCCAGAGGGCUCUGAGUCGACUAACCUCAAUGGUGCAUCACAAAGUUCCCGGAUCUCCGAGGACGGAGCCUCCAGGGAGGGCGUUACCGUUUCUAAACGAACAGGUAAUGCUGACGAGGAGACCCGGCGGCACUCACGCUCGACCCGGCUUAACACCGAACAGAAGACGGGAGACUUGGAACAAAUGACCUCUUUAGGUGUCCUUUAG